AUUGUGAUGGCAGAAAUAGCACUUUGUUUAAUUGCUUUUGGUGUUUUUGAAUCUUUGUGCCUUGGAAGCGGUCAAAAUAUAUGUGAACAACCAUCCAAACCAGGUGAUGUACCAGUAUGUUGCACGUUUUACUUCUAUAAUGGAACUGAUUGUAUUGAAUGUCCAUCAGGAUACUAUGGCUUGGAGUGCAAUGUCCCCUGCAAUUACCCAUCAUAUGGUCCAAGAUGUAAUACUAUUUGUAACUGUAGUGAAAAUGAUUGUGAUUAUGUACACGGAUGUUUGCUAACGAUGGAUAUGCCCAGAGUGAAGCCAAAUGCACAGAUGUAUGGAGAAACUUGA